ACUAAGUCAUGUCAUUGUCAGUUGUGUAUGUGCUCGCGUGAAAUUGUUAUUGUUUUUCUAUUGUGUUAGCAAAAUAUUAUUAAAUAUGAAAAAUUUGCCCAUUUUCGUAUUUCCAAUAUCAUUGGAAUUUUACUCAAAUGCAAGACACACGCACAAACAAUUACUAACUGUAUACAAUCCUUAUGAAUUUCCUGUUAAUUUGAAAGUACUUUGUACCUCACCGAAGAAGUUUACGGUCAUAGACCCAGAAGGAGUGAUCGCUCCACAGAGCUGCAUCGACAUCGUAGUGCGAUAUACCCCAACGUCUCAGACACAGUCUGACUCUCUCGAAAAAUUUCGGUUGACUAUGUUUGACAAAAACACACAGCAGGUAGUAGGUAGGAGAGACAUUUUGACGAAAUUGAUAGAAGGAGAGCCUUCUAAUAUAAGUCAAGAGUGUUUUGGAGAUGAUUUCCAUCCUCUUACAAUGAGGCCGGCUCCAUUGAGGCCUACGGAGGAACAUUCCAGAGUGGCACCCUGCACACAUCCUUCACACAGAGAACAGCAGCCUGUGAACGUAGUAGCGGUAGCAGUUAGCAUAUGUUGCAUUGCCGCUCUCCUACUACCAACUCAACCAGAAGAACUUGUUAAAUCACAAUGGCCGGACUGGCUCCAUAUUGGCUCAAAUCUUAAACUGGUAUUCUCAUUCGUACUUGGACUUGUAUGUAUGCUUGUUUUACGGCCAUAGUUAUGUGGUGAAUGUAUCUGUAUUGUUAAAUAUUAUUGCCAUGUUAUUCUCUUAUGAUUGAAAUGAAAAUUUGUAUUGUGCUGAGAAAUAUGUUUAUCUUGUACUGGGAAAACUGUCUAAAAUACAGCUCUGAAGGUAAAAAGGGUACCUGAAUUAAUUAAAUCACCUUGGAAUGAGCAUUCUUCAGCUGAUUUAAGGGAUCUCUAACAUUUUCACUACCUAAAUAUAUAUUUUUUUAAUUACACUGUGUAAAUAAAAAAUAUUGAGCUCUUUACAUUUUUUUUUUAUAAAA